UCACACACACACACUGGCUCUCUCAGGAAUGCGGGCGUUCCGAUGAGGUUAAUAAUGAAGCUCAGACGAUCUGCGGUCAUAAAGUUAAACGACCUCUAGUCGACAUUAAAGACACAUUCGUGUUGCAGGUUGUUUUGCACACGGCACUUCAUGUUCUUCUGUUUACAUCUCUGGAGCAAAGAACCAAAGCUCCACCUCCACCUCUGCAGAAGGAUUUUGUGUGUAAAGUGAUGCAUUCAGGUUCAGUCUGUAAUUUACAGCUUUGACCUUUUAACAAGUAGAAAAGAAUGAAAUGAAGGAGAUCAAAGAAGUUUGAGUGGAUUCACUUCAACUCCUUUCAGAGCUCCAGAUGAUCUUCUUCAAACUGAGGAGUCAGACUCUUCAUCACUUUCAUCUUUCAUGACUUACAUCUUAAAAUAAACAACGUGGAGGCAGAACAGAGGGAGAGGUUGUUUAUAGCAACAAGGGAGGAGGAGUGAGACUGAGGAGGAGGAGGAGGAGUCCAGCACGCAGACCACAGUUUACAACCCGGCUUCUUUCUUCUUCCUCUUCCUCAUGAUCACCUCGACAGACGAAGCCCGCAUCGAUCCACCUGCCAUAGCUCCGCCCACCUGCCAUAGCUCCGCCUACCUUCCAUAGCUCCGCCCAGCUCGCAUAGCUCCGCCUACCUUCCAUAGCCCCGCCCGCCUCCCACAGCUCCGCCCCCUCCCACAGCCCCGCCCCCCGCGGGCCGUCCCCAUGGCGACCCGGCCGGCCGAGGUGGCGCGCCGCAUCGUGUCCAAAGACGGCCACAACAACGUGCGCGUGGACAACGUGGAGGGCAUGGUGAAGCUGUACCUGCACGACCUGUGGACCACCGUGGUGGACAUGAAGUGGCGCUACAAGCUCACGCUGUUCGCCUCCACCUUCGUCACCACGUGGUUCAUCUUCGGCGUGGUCUUCUACUUCAUCGGCAUGGGCAACGGGGACCUGGAGCCGGGCGCCAACCGCACGGCGCCCUGCGUGGUGAACGUGGCGACGCUCACCGGCGCCUUCCUGUUCUCGCUGGAGUCCCAGACGACCAUCGGCUACGGCUUCCGCUACAUCUCGGACGAGUGCCCGCUCGCCAUCUUCACGCUGGUGGCGCAGCUCGUCAUCACCGGCCUGGCGGAGAUCUUCGUCACCGGCGCCUUCCUCGCCAAGCUGGCGCGGCCCAAGAAGCGGGCGGAGACCAUCAAGUUCAGCCGCGUCGCCGUGGUGUGCCGGCGCCGCGGCGCCCUGUGCCUCAUGGUGCGCGUGGCCAACAUGAGGAAGAGCCUCCUCAUCCAGUGCCAGCUCGCCGGGAAGCUGCUGCACUCCAACGUCACGCAGGAGGGCGAGAAGACGCAGGUGCACCAGAGCGCCGUGGACUUCUUCAUGGACGCCAGCGGCGAGUGCCCCUUCCUCAUCCUGCCGCUCACCUUCUACCACGUGCUGGACGAGCGCAGCCCGCUGGCCGGCCUCACCGCCGGGAACCUGCGCACGCGCGACUUCGAGCUGCUGGUGACGCUCAACGCCACCAUGGAGUCCACCGCCGCCACCUGCCAGAGCCGCACCUCCUACGUGCCGCAGGAGAUCCUGUGGGGCUACGAGCUGCAGCCGGUGCUCUUCUCCACCACCGGGGGGCGCUACGUCGCCGACUUCAACUUCUUCGACAAGGUGCAGCCCAGCAACGACGCCGCCUUCGUCGCCGGGGGCAACGCGGAGAAGCUGAAGCUGGAGGAGGAGGAGGGGGAGGAGGAGUAGAGGUGGAGUUCAAGGAGGAGUAAAGGAGGGGGGGAGGAGGAGUAGAGGAGGGGGAGGAGCAGUAGAGGAGGAGAUUAAGUAGGACUAGAGGAGGAGUAACAACAUCUUAAAUGAUAGUGAUGAAACUCUUUAAAGACUUUAAAUAGUUUAUUUUGACAGACGUGAGGAACCAAUCAGAGUCCUCCUCUCAGGUGGCGGGAGGUCAAAGGUCACAGGGUCUGAAGCCUGAGGAGAUUCUCAGUGUCAGCUGUGUGACGUUGUGUUGACGUUGUGUUGACGUUGUAAACAAGACGUGUUGUUCUGUAAAUAAAGUAAAAGUGCAAAUCAAA